AUGGGGAGUGGAAUCAGUGCCGAGGACAAAGAACUUGCCAAGAGGUCCAAGGAGCUGGAAAGGAAGCUGCAGGAGGAUGCUGAGAAGGAAGCCAAGACGGUCAAGCUGCUGCUGCUUGGUGCUGGGGAGUCAGGAAAGAGCACCAUCGUCAAACAGAUGAAGAUCAUUCACCAGGAUGGAUACUCUCCAGAAGAAUGCCUAGAGUUCAAAUCUGUCAUCUAUGGGAACGUGUUGCAGUCCAUCCUGGCCAUCGUCAGAGCCAUGGCCACACUAGGCAUCGACUAUGCGGAACCAAGUUGUGCGGUACGUGAUGAAUGUUAUCUGCUCAAUAACCUGGCAGACUCCACUGAGGAGGGGACCAUGCCCCCUGAGCUGGUGGAGGUCAUCAGGAUGUUGUGGAAGGACAGUGGCAUUCAAGCCUGCUUUGACAGAGCUGCAGAGUUCCAGCUCAAUGACUCGGCAUCUUACUACCUGAACCAGCUGGACCGGAUUACAAACCCUGACUACCUCCCCAGUGAGCAAGAUGUGCUCCGAUCCAGAGUAAAAACCACAGGCAUUAUAGAGACCAAGUUUUCUGUGAAAGAUCUGAAUUUCAGGAUGUUUGACGUGGGAGGGCAGAGAUCAGAGAGGAAGAAAUGGAUCCACUGCUUUGAGGGAGUCACCUGCAUCAUUUUCUGCGCGGCUCUCAGCGCCUAUGACAUGGUGCUGGUGGAAGACGACGAAGUGAAUCGCAUGCAUGAGUCUUUGCACCUGUUCAACAGCAUCUGUAACCACAAGUUCUUUGCAGCCACCUCCAUUGUCCUCUUCCUCAACAAGAAGGACCUCUUCGAGGAGAAAAUUAAGAAAGUCCACCUCAGUAUUUGUUUUCCAGAGUAUGAUGGGAACAACUCCUAUGAGGAUGCCGGGAAUUAUAUCAAGAGCCAGUUCCUUGACCUCAACAUGAGAAGAGAUGUCAAAGAAAUCUACAGUCACAUGACCUGUGCGACAGACACACAGAAUGUCAAAUUUGUGUUCGAUGCAGUUACAGAUAUUAUCAUCAAAGAAAACCUCAAGGACUGUGGGCUCUUUUAA